AUGUUACCAAAGAAAAGAAGACAAUUAGAUGUUGUAGAAGAUAAGCAUAAAAAAUAUUUACCAAAAAAACGUAACUUGUUAGCAAAGAAAGAUAAUAAAAAAGAUUUUAGAGUAAUUAAAAAGAAAAAAAAAGUCAAAAGAAUUAAAAAGAAAAGUAUAAAGAAAAAUGUUUUGGUAGAAAAAAUCAAGGAAAAAUUUUAUAUAUUUAAUCCUAUUGAAAUAGAAAGUAUAAAGACUGUUUUGUCUCAUGAAUUUUUAAUUAAAAAAAUUGCUACAUAUAUUAUUAAACCUAAGGAUAGGUUCAAUUUUUCAUUAGUUAAUAAAUUAAUUUAUAAAUCAAUCGAUGGAGUUCCAUUUGUUGGGUCACAAAUUUUAAAUAAUAGACGACUGUUAAUAGAAGUCUACGCAACUUCUAUCAAUUCUGCUGGAGGUUCAAUUUCAGUUUCUAUAGCUAAUGCCUUACAAAAAUUUAUAUUUUUUGAUAGUUAUGCAUCUGAUGGAAAUUUUGCCAAAAUGAUAAAAUUUUGUAAGUAUUUUAAAAAUCAAGUUCAACAGAUUUGUAUUGAAAGAAAGGUAACCAAUGAAUUACGCCAAAAUUAUAUUGAGGUUGGGUGGCUUCCAUUAAUUUUAAAUGAAAUAAAUAAAGAAAAUUUUCCAAAAUUAGAAAUUUUAUCAUUCUGUUAUAUAUCUUUUAAAAAUAGUGGAUAUGGAAGUUAUGGACAUUUUCCACUUACAAAAGUAUGUUUUCAUGAAUGUGAAUUUGGUAGUGAGUCUCCUUUUAUAUUUCCAAAAAAGAUGGAUCAAAUAUAUUAUGAUUGUUUACAUAACAUUCCAAUAAAACUUUUUUCAAAUAUAGAUACUUUAGAAAGAGGUGUAGGAGAAUGUAAAUAUCAUUUAAGUUCAGUUGAAUCAUACAAUACAUUUAUUAAUUUUAUUCAACAAUCAAAUAUUUUUGAGAUGGAGGCACAAUUAACAAUGAAUAUGUUAAAUUUUCAAACUGUUUUUUUGAAAAAUCGUAAAUAUGAAUUUAUUGAAUUGAGAAUAGAUAAUGGUAGAACUAUAAAAGCUUUAGGUAAUUUAAAACAUUUAUUGGAAUUGAAAUUGGAAGAUCUUAAAGAAUUUAUCUUGGUUUUUGUAAAAACACCAAUUAUUUUAUCUAGAGAAUUUGUCUCAAUUUUGUGUGAAAUAUUAAAAAAGGCAAAAAAUCUUAGAAUAUUAAGAUUUUGUGGUGAUUAUAGGCAAAGAGUAAAAUUUACUGAAAAUGACACUGAAGAAAGAAUAUUUGGUAGUAUCAGUAAAUCUGUUACUAUAUUAGAGGUAUCUGUUGGAAACUGGCAUACUAUUAAUAGUAUGACUUUUUUGGCUAAACGUCUUGUUAAUUUAGAAGUUGUCAUACUAAAUAGUAUCAUAUUUCCAUUCUUUGAUAUUCCUACAAUAUUUAAAAUAUUUAAAUUCAUAAGAAACUUUGUGAUUUCUUUUAUUGAAAAGCGAUCUAAAGAAAUAGGACAUCAAUGGAUAGUAGAAUUCUUAAAUAGUUUAAACUCUAGUAGUGGUGUUAGAAACUUUGAUUGUCUUAUUGUUUAUCUUGCAGGAGAACAAUUUUAUCAUUCAAUUGUUGAUAUAAUUAAAAGAAGUACUAUGAAUAAAUUUAAUCAAAUUGAUUUAAAUUUGUCUGAAAAUGGUGUAUGUGAAUUUACGGCAUGUUGGAGCGCUCAUAAUUUGCGUGUAUUAAGAAGAUUUACAGAUACACGCUGUCGACAUUGUUGUGCAGGAGAACAAAAUAAGAUAUUAUGUUCAUUUCGUAAAAAUUAA